AUGACUGAAAGAAUGAAAUCAUAAAUACUGCUAUUGGGGUUAAACUCUACUCUUAGACUAAAUUUGUAGGCUUAGAUCAAUAUUCUUUAAGCAAAGUCAGAUGUUCAAGCAAAUAAAAAAGAUCACAUAUUUGAUUUAGCUGAAAUGUACAUGGAGAUUUUCAAUUGUUUUAUAACUUUAGUUAGCAGGAGUUUGACAUAAAAAUUAUUAAAUGCUGUACUUUGUGUGAUCUUAAAGAGCCUUGGAAGUUUUAUUAACAAAAUAAGUUUAAGCAAUGAAGUACCAAUAAGAACAAUGAGUUUGAAAGAUCAAAUAAGUAACAUUAGAGAUUACAUUCCUGUUGAUUUGUAACAAUAAACUUAAAUGAAAAUAACUGAAUUGGUUGGAGAAAUUGCUUCUUAUAGCAGAGAUUUUAAUAAUGAUGUUAAAUUCAUGAUCUAAAAAAAGAUGGAUUAGUACUUCACUAAAUGUGACAAUAAUCUUAGAAAUAUUUUACUGUCUAAACUAAAUGGCUCGCAAUCAGGUGUUUCACUAGAUUCAAAUUCUUUAUAAAAUAGCGCCAAGUCCACUCCUAUAGGUGGAAAGAUAAUGAUGAGUGAUUAAAAAGUAAAAGACAUGUUUCAUAUAGGUCCUAAGAAGCGUAACUAAACUCAAAGAUCAUAGAGAUUAAGACAGUAAGCCAUAGAAAAUGAGUUAACUACAACUACUCCAUCUGAGAAUUUAAAUGAUGACAGAGAUUAUAGUCCAAAUGAUGUAAAUAUGACAAUGAUUAAAAGCGAUAACGAAGCAUUAUCUACACCGGAGCCUCUGCCAGUUAAUCAAUUCAACGAAGAGUAAGAGUAAGACCCUGAAUCAUAAUAGAAAAUGAAAAGGCAAAAAAAUGAUGACAGUAGAGAGACAUUUAAGUAGAAGUCAAACAAUGAUCUAUUUGGAAAUUUAGGAGAAGUAAAUGAAAAAGUUGCGAAAAACUAAGAUAAAAAUGUGCCAAUGGUAGAUCACGAAGAAAAUUCAGAAUUUUCUUUCAACGGGUAAAUGAAUUAAACCUCAAGUAAAUCGAAUAAGGACCUAGGCAAGAAAUCAGACGAGGAAGGUGUUAUAAUUAAAGUAGAUAUUGAGAAAGAGGAAAAGUUAAGAUAAUUUAUGAACUUAGAUGGAGGUAACGAUUCAAUUCAAUUCAGAGAGGAUUGUAGCAGUUUCUAAUAUUCCAACUUUAUGACGUAAUAAGUAAGCUAAAUGGAAAACAGAGUUUUAUACCAGAAAAUGGUUCAAAACCAUCAAAGGGGUAACAGAAGACAUCAUAGAUUACAGCUAGCAUCUUCUUAAACUACUAGCACCUUUAAUCCUAACAGAAAUUCAAACUAUAACUCUAGAACUAACUCAAUUAGAGGCACUCCAAUUAGCACUCCUAAGUAAACUCCAACAAAAAGAAGAAAUAAUAUGGAUAAUUACUACUAACCCUCAAACAAUUCUGAACUUCAAAGUUACUAACCAUCCACAAAUUUAGGAAGAUUAACUUCUCCACAUCAAGCAAGAAGAUAGAACAACUAGACUAGAAACACUGAAAUGAUUUAAUAAUAAAGACCAAUAUAGUAAUCUCCCAAUAGUAGAGCUUAAUCUAACAGUUUUAUGAUGCCAUCUGCACCUCCCCAAAGAAGAGUUUAACCAAUCUAGAAUGUAUAGGAAGAGAAGAAAUAUACCUCUGUCGAAGAUCUAUUUUGA